AUGCGGAGGCGUGAGGGGAAGCCAAGAGGAAAGGGGGGAAAUGUCGGUGUUUAUAUCUUCGAGGUUGGCCUUGCCAGCCGUCCCGCGGACGCCUCGCUGUACGGUAACUAUGUAAGCGCUCAGAACCAGAGACCACAGCGCCAAUCGAAACCAAACAACACGAACACAAAAAAACUGUGGGAGAGGGCCCCAUUUUGGAAACGGACAGAGAAUCCUGAGAUCGCCUCUAGACAACCUUCCAAGGCCACUAAGGGAAGCUUCCAGCAACUCGUCGAUAAGGGUACCUCAGCGGGCAGGAUGGGCGGCAGAGAGACAAACCCGCAGCCGUUGACGGUUCGCAGCAAGGUUGGUUAG